CUGGAAGAUAUGUACAAAGCAAAAAAGACCAAAAAGAAACACUUACACAGAAUAAUGGAGAGUCAUUCUCAAAGACUGAGUGUUGCAAAAGUCACAAACAAUGAAGAAAUCAACUCCCCGCUGUGAACUUCAUGUGUAGAGAGAAUAUGGAUAUACUAAACAUAACGGAAUAUAAUUGCACUUCAGAGCACAUAACGAAAGGGAUUACAAGCAAAAUUCUUAUAUCGCUUACUCUGUCGGUGCUGACAGUGAUGACAACUGCAAUAAACUCUCUGGUCAUUGCUGCAAUAAUUGUGACACGGAAGCUCCAUCACCCUGCCAACUAUUUGAUAUGUUCCCUGGCGGUGACGGAUUUCCUGGUGGCGGUGUUGGUAAUGCCUUUUAGCAUUAUGUACAUCGUGAAGGAAACUUGGGUCAUGGGUCAAGCAGUGUGUGACAUCUGGUUAAGCGUAGACAUUACCUGUUGCACAUGUUCCAUACUGCACCUCUUAGCAAUUGCACUGGAUCGUUAUAGAGCUAUAACAGAUGCUGUGGAGUACGCCAGGAAACGAACGCCCAAGCAUGCUGCCUUCAUGAUUGCCAUAGUGUGGAUCAUUUCUAUAUUCAUAUCUAUGCCGCCUAUGUUUUGGCGGCAUCAAAGUCACAAUUGCGAUGACGAAUGCAUCAUUAAACACGACCAUUUAAUUUUUACUAUUUAUUCCACGUUUGGGGCUUUUUAUAUCCCAUUGGGCUUGAUACUUAUUCUUUAUUAUAAAAUUUAUAAAGCUGCAAAGUCCUUGUACCACAAACGGAGUAUGAGCCGGUGUGAAAAGGAGCAGAACGGGCAGGUUCUCCUAGAAGCCUGUGGGAAGAGCUCCACCUAUUGUAUAGCGGAAAAGUCGUUCUCCGACCACUCAACGGACUUUGAUAGAGUUCACAUCACGAUAAGGAACCCGAGAGCUGAAAUGAGACUUGAAAAAGCUCUGAGGAAGCAAAGAAUAUCCAGCAAUAGAGAACGCAAAGCGGCCACCACUUUAGGGUUGAUUUUGGGGGCUUUUGUUAUUUGCUGGCUUCCGUUUUUUGUUAAGGAAGUUAUAGUAAAUAUUUGUGAUGCAUGUUACAUCUCUGACGACAUGUCCAACUUCCUCACGUGGCUUGGGUACCUCAAUUCUUUAAUUAACCCACUUAUUUAUACCAUUUUCAACGAAGACUUUAAGAAAGCAUUCCAGAAACUAAUCCGCUGCAGGCACUACCUAUGAAAGAUUACUUGAAAUAUCUGAUUUUUUUUUUUUACAAUUGGUAAAAUGUACGCUGGACCUGCAUUACGUCACACUAAGUAGGCCUACAUGUAACCCUAUUUUUUAAUGAUAAAGUUGGGGCUCAAUGCUAGAAUUAUACAUUAUAACUAUGCUGCGGUGUAUCUAUUUUUAAUUGUUUUUUUUACGGUUUAUUUGUCUUAGAAGGUCAGAAUAUUGGAGAUGCAGACAUGAAAUUAAAAUCGUAGACUACACUGGGGAGGGUGGCGUUUAGGCACAUGGGACGUUAGGGUUAGCCAUGGAGGGGUCAGGGUUAGUCGUAGCCAACUCCCUUGGAGGGUUAGACCUAGCCGACACACGCUGAGGGUUAGAGUAGGGGAGGGUUAGAAUACUUACUCCGUCCAAUGUCGGGAUCUUCAGUGUCGGGAUGCCGCUGGCUGUCAUGUGACCGCCGGGAUUGCAUACUUAACACGUAUAAUCAAAUACUACAGAGUACAUAAUCUAAGGGGGAAAUUCAAUUGUCCCGCAGGGGGUUAUCCUAUUACCCCCGAUAAGCCAGCAUGAGCGGUGGCUUAUCAGGGGCUUCCUGAUACUGCACCAGUUGCCGUCUGCUGAGAGCUCUCGGUGCAGCGCUGCUCCCUCGGCUUCCCACGGUCACAUGGGUGCUCCCGCGUCAUGUGACCGCUGCAGGGAGAGGGGUGGAUGUGGACACGGCACUUCCCUGGCUUCUCUGCCGGGUGUCACCGCGCCGAGGGCAGCUUCCGGGCUGCGACACCAUGCCUGUAGUCCCAGCCUGUUGCAGUGGGCAUGGAACACUGCAGGUUGUCCCAGUCAUCUGGGAAUUUGUUUCGCCUGCCUCAGGCAGGCCAAACCAGAUCCCCAGAAACAGCCCUUUUUCGAGCAAAAACUGGGCUGUUUCUACCGAAAAAAAACACACAGGUUUCACUGAACCUGUGUGUUCUCGGGAGAAAGGGCAUUUUUUUACAGGUGAUCAAUCUGGAUAGCGGCACCCUAUAAAAAAAUCGGUGAAACAUCGGGAAAAAUCGCUUUUGCACCUGAUGUUUUACCGGAGCUAAUAGGAUAUCCCCGUAGAAGUGGAAGGAAUACAGUUUAUGUUCAAUUGUUUUUGAAUAUGAUAUCAUCCAGACGGUGACCUUCGUGCUACACGUUUGAGAUAGAUUUCUGAAGUUUCACAUCCCUCGGCCUGUAUUUCCGGCAUUAUCGCUGCAAUUUCUUGGCAAAGCUCACUUUCAUUUGUUGGGUUACGUUAACAAGCAGAAUGCCCUUACUGGGCAGAAAACAAUCCUCAUCAGCUUCAUGAAAGCCCUCUACACAGCCAAUGAGGCCAUCUGACAGCUGAGGUCUACAAACAUCCACCAAGAACCAUUAAUGAACUGAAGGCUGCUAUACACCAAGAAAUGAUGAUAUCAUAUUCAAAUUCAAUUGAAAAUAAACUGUAUUCCAUGCACUUUUAGGUUACGUACUAAAAUUUUGAGUAGCAUUUACCAUGCCUUUUUUGUUAACCUUUAGAAAUACUGUAUGGGAGGUUUUUUUGCCUUACCCUGUAUAAUCCCAGCUGCCAAAUUAACAAUGUGCCUAUAACAAAUAUUAAUAGAUUGUAUAAAAUAGGAGUUUGGAGCAUGUACCCGUCUCAGAAGAUACACUUUUCAGUUCUUAUCUGUAGUUCAUUCCACAUGCAGGGUAUUUAUAGGCCCAGUGUAAUUCAGCGUGUCUCUGGUUAUAGUACAUUUUAUUAUAGUUUAUUAUAGUUUUUAUAUAUAGAGUAUAUACUAUAUAGAGAGUUCUCAAUCGAUUUCCUGUACGUUUUGCUGAUAAAAGCCUAUACACA